AUGGCUGCUACUAGUACCAAUGCGGGGCUCCGCGGAGCGCGCAAUCUGCUUCUCCUUCCGCUCGCCUUCCUGCUGCUCCUCGCCGCCAGCGCCGCGCAGUCCGUCCUUCACGCAUCCCCCUCCGCCACCGGCUCACCACGCAACAUCCCCCGCCGUGCGCUCGCCGGCAUGGAUUCCGCCAUAUCCCCGCACAGGGUGGAGCGGAAGCUGUUCAGCUGGGACGGAGUGACCGUCGAUCAGAUCAUUGCUGGCAGCCUGGGCACGAUCGACGGUCCAGAGGACGACGAGGGCGACCCGGCGUCCGCGCAGGUGGAGGUGUGGCACUUCUGGGAUAACUCCGAGUUCAAGGUGUUUUACAAGCAGGGCCCCUUCUCUGUGGAGAAUCUUGGCAAUGGCGGGUACGAGAACUGGGCGUUCGGAGGGAACUGGGUGCGCUACGGCGCGGAUGAGAAGGUCGUCGUGUUCUCCUGA